GUCCAACUGGGGUUGUGUUACAAGUGGGAGGGUUUCCUGGGUGAUGGCAUACAUCCUUGUUUAUAAAAAAAAAGAAAAGAAAAUACAGGCGCCUCCCUUCUAGGUAACUUUUCCCAUUUCGGGACUUGGUAGCAUCAACAGAAGUUCUCAGCAGCCGAUCUCACACCCAUUCCAACAUGACGGAGUCAGCUGAAGCUGUAGCAGCCGAUGUGAACAGCAAGAGAAGCGUUACCAUUGAAAUUAUAAAUGUCACUACCAACUACUGCCUCAUCAACCCCAGGGUGUACCUUGAGAAUGGGGAGACAUACAACCCACCUCAACCCACAGUGCGCCCACUAAAGACAGAGGUCUGCACUUUCACCAAGUCCAGCGGCAAAGCAACCGGCAGCAUUGGUGUGCUGACCUACGACCUUUUCGAGAGAACUCAGAACGACCACAUUGAGACUCUGGCCAUCAUGUUCUCAGUUCCAUGGGACUACAACCUGUACAAGAACUGGUUUUCAGUGGGUAUCUAUCAAAAGGGACGUAACUGUGAUAAGGAUUUGUACAAAGAAAUGUACUACGAGAAAAACCAGCAGGAGCAUGGGUUUGUCAGGGAGGAAGCCAUUGGAUCAGGAAUCAAUUAUGUGGGAAACUACCUAGAUAUCAAGGCCACAAUGAGUCCCCUGGGCAAUGCCAUCAUGAAGGUAGAGGUGUGGGAUAAGCUUUUCACACCCCUGGGCCAGCAGGCUCACUAGAGACCCCUCCAAACCAGUAUUUCUGUCAUGUGUCCCAGCAGCAGAAUUCAUCCCUCCACCUCAAGCGUUUACUGUUUUAAAUACAGUCAACACACAUGAUUUAACAGUUGUGUUGUUGCUGACAUGUGUCUGUAUACCUGGGUAUUACCCCUCAGUAAAUCUGCUUAGGAGUUCAGUUUGUUUAUAAAUCCAUGCAGCAAUAACCCCCCUUUAUAGCCAAAGCCUCUGUCUGUUUCUACAGCAUCCGGUUUUAAAAUGGCAUCUUUAGAAAUGAAAAUCAAAGCAUGACUCACCCGGAGGACGAGGGCACGCAAGCUUAAUAAAACACACUAAGAGUCUGUCUGUGUUUACCUUGACACUGUAUUCUGAGGAAUAAAAUAAACCUUUUUUGAUGAA